AUGAGUAAGCUAUGGAAGGUAGUACAUAACGAGUUAUUGCAGAUACAAGCAGAAAAGCGAGCUGUGCAGCAAGCUGUCUCAGCUCAAGAGCGAAAUCGGAGCUACGGCUCAGACUGGGGACUUAGCUCCCCGGGCCCGCCUGCGGUUUCAACUGUCUACCUGCCCCCUGGGCCGGCAGACCCCUCAAACUUGCCCUCGUCACCCGCAACUCCCGCUACUGCGAAUAACCAGCCCGCAACGGUACUGGCUCCCGGCCUAGGCCAUGAGCCGAUGCCUGGAGCGGAAUCUGACUUAGCAGAAGCCGUUGCACGGGAGCGGCGAGAGGCAUGGGCGGCAUUAGCGCGGGAGGGGGCAGAAAAGGGUGAUCCUAAACUAGUUGAAGCCGGUGGUACUCUCGCUUUUCCGGUAAUUUAUAGACCGAAUCCCGGGGGAGGACUGCAGGCGGAGAUUACUGCGUUAGACUGGAAAUUAUUGUCCCAAUUACGGUUCACUGUUAGUCAGUUCGGAGUAUCGACCGAAGGGAUAGACAAGCUGUAUGAUCUUUUGGAGGCGCACUGACGAUCUCGCCCCUCACCUCAGGGACAAGAUUGGGCAAAAAACCAUUGGUUUCAACCGCAGAGUGUAGUAGACAGGAUAAGGGUACUGCAGAAGGAAGCUAGGGUUAGACGGGGGAAAGGAAAAGCUGUAAUUUGCGCAGUACUGGGAGCAAGUCUGGCAGCAGCGGUGGAAGAUAGGGAGCAGAGGCUUUGUCAAGCCGAUGUCACAAUAGACUCACUGCAGAUGGUCAUUAAGUCACUGCAGGAACAAUUGGAGGAAAACAAGCGAUUGUUGCAGGAGGAGAGAAAUCAAAGUGCCAUACUGAAGGAAGAACUGAGGGAAGCAGAUACACUGGCGGAGGUAGAGGUGAAACGGCAAGUUUACCCUCAGGGAGACUUGCAGAAGGCAAGGGAAACUGUAGAAAGCCUCCCUCACAUGUAUCCACUGGUUAAAACAGAGUACUUGUAUGAGGACAAUAAUGAUGACCGUACUCAAGUUCUCACCAAAGAAGUCCCAUUUACAGCAACUGAAGUAGCAAAGUUGAAAAAAGACUUUGCAAGAACUCCAAAGGAACAGGAGACAGAAUAUGUGUGGAGAGUGUCCCUGUUGCGGGGGGGGGAUGGAAUUUUGUUGUCGGAGAAAGAAGCAGAAGGAUAUUGGAGUCCGGGUGUGUUCUUAACUACAGGUAAUCGCCGAGCCCCAUGGUCAUUAACCCAGAGGGCUGCGUAUUGGGCCGGAGGCAGUAUGGAGUGUGUUUAA